GUCAAGGCAGGCUGGAUGCAAUGUUAAUAGAAGGAGAAUCCCACCCCCGUUUGCCUUCCGCUAGCCCAUAUGACUGGUGCAGAGAGCCAGAGGAUUUGCUGUGUGAGCUGGCUGGCUUGGUGCCACAAAGGCACGUCCAAGGCCUGGCUAUUCAGAAAGGAUGCUUAGCUGUAGCAAAGCCCUUUGAGAUCUCUCUGUCUUGAAUGGAGGGAGGAACUAGCAUUGCUGAAGGUGACUGAUGCUCCCAUUUUUAGAUGCAUUCCCACUCCAUACCCAGCUAGUCCUCUUGGGCUGACAUCACAGGAUCCACAGAGCUAUUUAAACUGCAGCCGGGCAGAGCCAGCCUGAGCUGAGGAUCCUGCCUACAUCUGCUGACUUCCCCUCUGCUUCAUUCCCAGCAGGAGACACGGAGAGAACAUGCCCCCAAAGAAGGAUGCCCCAGUGAAACGGCCAGUACCCCCGCCUGCCAAACCAGCAGCUAAGCCAGCUCUAGCGAAGCCAGGAGCCCCGGCAGCUAAAGGCAAAGCACCAGAACCAGCGCCAGCAGCACCAGCAGCACCAGCAAAGCCCAAGGAUCCCCCAAUUGACCUCUCCAAAGUUGUGGUGAGUGAGACACGGUUGAAGGGACAGGACACCUGAGGGAACCCUUCUCUUCUUGGGAAGGAAGCCGGUUAAAGGCAGCAGCAGGAGGGGGUGGCCAGGAUCUUAGGCUAUUUUAUCUGGCUCUAAAGUGUUUUCUAUCCUUUUACUAAAUAGUGCUUUGUGGGAUGAUAUUAUUGUAGAAGAGAACUAAUUUGAGAAGUGUUGCAGCAGGGCAUUACAAGUGGAUAAAGGGAGGUUACAGGUUGCAAUAAUUAAUUAGGUGCACCCUUAUAUGAAUUAGUGGGUGCGAAGAGGGGCCUAAAUAAAUCAAGGCAGCUAUCACCAUUUUAGAAGCCAAGCCUAGCCCUGUUCCACUCACAGACACCCACCCAGCCCAACUCCACAGAAGGUGUUUGGAGUAUUAAAUACGUUUGGGCUUGAAUAAUAUCCUCAGCCCGGGCAGAGACAGACGAUAGUUUUUAACAGAAUUGAAAGUGAUUUGAAAGAGGCUUCACUUCUCGUGGUACACACAUUUCGUUUGCCUGUUUUUCUUAUCAAACAGAUUUUUGAAACGAUACAAAGCCACUUUAUUUGAGGCAAAUGGUGGGAUGAAUGAACAACAUACCAUGGAAAGAGAUUCUUCUUUCAGACCACCAGCUCUCUGAAAAACUUGUCAGGCUCCAGGCUUCCGUAAACUACUUUCCAACUCCCUUGAAGCAGUCAGGUAUUUCCCCCUGGCAGAAAGAUCAGAAUGAGUCAAAGCCAAAGUAAAACUCAAUUGACAGGAGCAGCAUGUGCUUAUGCACACACAUUACCUAUAAAGCUGGCCACCAGACAAUCCCAUUCCUAUGGGAUACCCAAAUAGCUGGCAAGAUCCCGCUGCAUUAUCUCCAAGCUAGACAGCCUCUCUCAUGAACAGCAAGGGACCAAGUAGGUGUCAACUGGGUGUCAAUUGAAAGGUACUGAUGGCAUGUAUAACUCUUAUCUGAUCUGUUUAUUUUCAUUCCUUUUUACUGAAUCCCCAUAUUCAGUUUUACAUUUUGCAGAAACUUCAUAUGUGUUUAAAUUUGCCCAGCUAACUGUGGCUGGAACCAAAACAUGGGAAAUCUGGCCUCUCUUAUUGGAAGUGGUCAGCACUGGGUCUGAAGCAACAGAAAAUAAAAUGGAAUGAACUACCGUAGGAUUUAAUUGCAACUUAUUUCGUUGUCUCCAGAUGAGACAGCUGAUCUCCCUGAGUUUUGCUGCUCUUUAAAUGAUUUGUUUCAUUUACCCUCACAGCUAUUGCUCCAUGUUUUUCAGAGAGGCAGCUAAGGAGCAUAGACGCUUGGUUAAAAAGCUCUAGUGAAUUGUACAUCAGCAAGGAUUUGGGUCUAAGUCUCCUUGGUUCAAGGCUAACACUAUCUGUGGACUAAAUGAUACAGUGUUGGGAACUGGAGCUCCAUAUGGGAAAUGAGAAUGUCUAAAAUCAGGCAUGUUUCUUUCUCAGUCCAUUCUGAGUUCAUUGUGUGCCUUCAAGGCUGCUAAUGAAUUCUAGUUUUAAAAAGAAAGAAAGAAAGAAAGAAAGAAAGAAAGAAAGAAAGAAAGAAAGAAAGAAAGAAAGAAAAGGCAGGACAAUCACUGUGCAAGGUGUGGAUUUGUGUGAAGCUAAGUUGGCUACUUGAUCACACUCUAGACUUUUAGUCAUGAUAAAUAAUUAGCCCUCCAUGUCAAAAGGCAGUGUGUUUUGGGGUUCCAGGUGGUGGGGGCAUCCAAAGACUUCUUGCUGACUGCUAUUGGGAACAGAAUGAUGAAUUCGAUUGCCCUUGUUCUCCAACUUUUGUGCUGACAUUCAGUGAAUUUCCCCAGUUUGAAUUUAGUUUUAUGGUGCAUACGAGAUAUAAAUAUAGUUAUAUCCUCAUAUUUAAAGAUGCUUAAUCUAGGUUUAUCAUUAUUUUUUUCCUGACACAAACUUUUUUGCUGGCACAAAUUCAACAGGUGCCGCUUCCCCAUCACUAUCUCUCUGUGCUGGGGGAAAGCUGUACCUGCUGGAUUUUGGUCUGCCAUGCAGCUGGGUAAGGCUACAAAUAAAUGGUAACAAAAUUAAGAAAUGGGUCUCCUUAUGCAUGUUUAGCCUAAAGGUGGGUGAAACAUCUGAAAUGGCUGAAGACUAUCAGCCUGCGCAAAGCUGCACUACAGUGUGCUAGGUAGCUAAGCAUAGAGUUGAGUCUGGGUCUUUCAUACAGUAUUUAAAAGGAAGUUCCUUCCUUGACCUCUGCACCACACCAGACCUCAAGGCCUUUAGGGUUCAUAGCUUCAUGGAAAGCUGGAGCUUCUUCUUCAGUUCUUAGUGUAGGGCUGCCUGCCGUACAUCUGGACAUAACCGGGAUCAGGCCCUCGGAAGCAGUGUCCAGGCAGAAAGUGUUGAAAUGUCUGGCGAAAUCUGGAAGUGUAGCUUUUGGCGAAUUUUCUUUUCUCCCUAACAAGAUUUUGCAAAAAGAAGCUCAACAACUUUUGUGUCCGGAUUUUCACUUUCUGAAGUAUGGCAACCCUGUCUUAGUGCUGCUUUUAGGCAGCCAGGAAAUAAAGUCCAUUUCCCCAUCUCAACAGACAAUGGUGAGUGGGAAGGGCAGCAAGCUAAGGUUAGCGGGUUAGAGGGGCAAGAUAAAUUUAGCAAUUGAAAGGGCUCCUGUUAUUUUAACGACAGGUCCGAACAGCAGGCGCAAAAGCCUGGUAUUUGGCCUGCAUUCUCAGAAAGCCCAGCCAGGGACAGGUGGCCACCAGCGGGGGUGGGGUGGGGGUGGGACUUAGCAUAUUCCCCGCUUUUUACAGGGAACAGUUAUUUCAAUCCUACCUCUGUCCCUUUGCUGGGAUGCCACCUUCUGAGACUGGGAGGAUCAAGUUGCGGGAGGAUUGGGGCAUUCAGUCAACAGCCAUGUCCUCGUAACGCUGCGGGAUUCCUGAAACAGUGAGGUAGGGGCUUCAAUAAGGAGAGUGAUGGCAGAGAGGGGAAAGCGAGCCCUUAUUUAAACCCACUCUAGAUUCCAGCCCUAGAAACCUCCUGCUGAACUGGCCUCCCUGGCGCCUUAAGCAUCUCCUCCUCAUGUCUUUGCUGGUCACAAGGCUGAAAGAGUCAGCGAGAGGCCGGCCUCUGAUGCAGGAAGAGGCAGUCUGGCCUAGCAGUUCCAGGCCUGGCCACAGCAGCACCUGCAUGCGCGGCGAAGAACCGUUCUUGGUCCCACAUAACACGCAGGGUUCAUUUGCACUGUCCACGGGCCGCAGAACAACCAGAAAAAAGAGUACCUGUAAAAUGUGCAGAUCCACAAUGAUAAAUAGAAAUAGAAAUCCUUUUUUGUCACUUGUACAACCUGUACAAGUUGACGCGAGUGGCUCUGUGGGUUAAACCACAGAGCCUAGGACUUGCCGAUCAGAAGGUCGGCGGUUCGUAAUCCCCGCAAUGGGGUGAGCUCCCGUUGCUCGGCCCCUGCUCCUGCCAACCUAGCAGUUUGAAAGCACGUCAAAGUGCAAGUAGAUAAAUAGGUACCGCUCCGGUGGGAAGGUAAACGGUGUUUCCAUGCGCUGCUUUGGUUCACCAGAAAUGGCUUAGUCAUGCUGGCCACAUGACCUGAAAGCUGUACGCCAGCUCCCUCGACCAAUAAAGCGAAAUGAGCGCCGCAACCCCAGAGUCGUUCACGACUGGACCUAAUGGUCAGGGGUCCCUUUACCUUUAGCUUUACAACUUGUAUACAGUGAGAUUACAUGAGCUCCCCCCACUCAUCUUGCUUAGUCUUAAUUCCCCUUGUUUACUGACGCACACCCACCAAACCCGAAAGUCAGUUGCCCUGUUGUUAUCUUUUCAUUCAGCAGCCUAACAGCCCACGGAUAGAAGCUGUUCUUUACCCUGUUGGUGUAACUAAUCAUGCUUCUAUAUCUUCAUCUGCAGUGUCACAUGUCGCAAAACUAAAAAUCCAGAGUUCACCCUGCUUUCCCUCCACUCCUGCCCUGUGCUCCAAGCCUCCCCAUGAGCCGGCCAGCCUUAGGCUGAGUCCCAUCUCCAGCCACACAUAGCCACACAUGUGUAGUCUUGGGGGAAACGCUUCCUGCCUCCAGGAUCUACUCCCAAGGCCCGUGGGAAGCAAGAUGAACAGAAGCAAGAGUUGUUAUCUUUUGUAAACCUCACAGUUGGGGCAGGCCAGGACGGAACAAAUAUAUGGAGCCCUGUACUGUACAGUGAGAUGCCUGGAUCACAGCCUUUUUGGGCCCCUGGGAGCUGCCACAGGGGACUGAGGGGUUUGGGGUGCUUUCAGACUCCGGGUGGAAUACACCUAACCUUUACACAGAGUAGACCCAUUGGCAUUAGUAAGUGAAGUCAUGCUCGUUAAUUCCAUCCUCUGGCUCCAAGAUUGCUCCUCUCUUGUAAGCAAUAAGCGGAACUGCAGUUGUCUUUCCGCAUGAUCAUGAGCCUUCCUGCACUUUUUCUCUGUGCAUAGUUUUCCAUGUUCCGUCCACACCAGCUCCUGUGAGUGACAAUGGGGAAGCUUCAAUUCACCAUUUGAAGCUCAGCACACCUUUGUGGUGGCCAACAUCUUAUCACCCUGCUCAUUUCCCCCACUGAUCUUUUUAGCAUAUAACAUUUUUCUGGCUAUAUUUUGUUCAGUUUUUAAACAAAAAAUGUGAUGCAUUAAAACAAACAAACCAGAAACACAUAUUAUCCUAAUUAAAAGGAUCAAUUUAAAAAUGAAUAAAUGUGAUAAAAUGACACCCACUGCAAAGUUUAUAGUGAAAGUGUGAGAGAUUCGCCUGAGUUGUUGGUCCCUGCCAACAUGCAAACUCUGCCCUUUAAGAGAUAGUGCUAAGGGAAUCUGCAGCUACAGAGAGUGCUCUACUCUUCUGUACUUCUGAAAAAAGCAAAGACUUUGUCGGAAAAAAAGGCAUAUAUAAUGCAGGGAAGACAGAGGAUAGACAUUAAUGGACAGUGAUGCCAUGUGCAUGUCCUGUGAAAAGUAAGUGUAUGGAGAGUGGCAGUUCCACACCUGGGUCUGCAAGCAUCCCUGGACAGCUUCUGCAUGAGGCAUUGAAACUGGAAUUGACCUGCCUUCUGCACUGACAUUUUAUAGGGACCCACGUGCAUCAUCAUCCAUUUGUAAUACUUUACCCCUAAUGGAUAGAAUUCAUUAUUAUCAUUUUAAACCCAGAAGAGAAGCACAGUCUCCAGAGGGAAAGAUGCUCACAGCGGUACUCUUCCAACUUGUGCAAGAGGUGUGGUUUCUAUGUGUACAGCAGCAUUGGGGGCAUAAAUGAGCCCUAUCAUUCUGCCCCCCACCACUUCCCAUACCUAAGCACGCUUUGACUAUCUGGUAAGGCCAUUCCACAUAUUUUAAAACACUGAUUACUUAUUUGAAUGAAUGUGCUGGAAAUGAACAUACAGUAAGCCCUAUAUCUUAUCUAAUUGCUCUGUGCUGCUUUAAAAUGUGGGUUUUUAACCGUGUAAUUUUAAAUUUGUGAAAUAUUUAUAACAUUGUAAACAGCUUUACCUUGCACAACUCUGAGAAAAGCUGCCAGUCUCAUUUUAUUUAUAUAUUUUAUCUUAAAAGCUCUCAUACCCUUUUCAUUAAUGCAUUUAUGAAUCUCAAAGUGGUUCACAAUAUGCAGCAGUUCUGCUGUCCCACUGGAACUGAACUCAGGAAGUGAAUUAGCAGAUGAAGAGGCAAGUGAAGAAAUCCAGCAGCCGCUGGGAGACUCUGAAUGAACAUGUGAAGACUCAGCAGGCACCAUCGCUAGAGAGAGAGAGUGACCUGGCCUGACCACUGGCUCCUCUGGACUCUUCAGGGGAUUCAGGUUUUAGCAUAAAAUUUGGAGGAGUUCUGGGGAACUGAGUCUCCACAGUUGGGAAGGAAGGGAGAGAAAUGGGAAAGCAUAUUUUUGCCUCUUUGUUUGUUUACUGACAAAGUACUUGCGCAACAUUGCAGGAGAGUGAGUAUUUUUUAUUUUAUUUUAUAAGGCUGAGGAAGCAAGUUGCCCUUUCUCAGUGGCAGGAAGGAAAGUGAAAAGCUGCUGGAUCUCUCAUCGGGAGUCCAGCCAGUCAGUCAGCAGCAGACCUCUUGGCCCAAGGCUUCAGAGGAGCUGAGUGGGCAGGGAGCAGGGUGGGAUGAAUUGCCUCCUUGCAGAGAGAAGGAGAGAGAGGUGAAAUUGCAACUCCCCAACUGCCUUGGAGCUGGGGUAGGAGGGGAGGGUGUGGAAAUCUCCUUGGCAUGCACUGCCUUUGCAACACUCUGUUUACUCUCUCUCUGUCUCUCCAUCCUUCACGGGCCCUCCUCCUGCCCUUUAAUAACCUCAACUGUGAAAGGCAGUCAUCUCUCAAGAACCUAGAAAAACAUUAGAAAGUAGCUGGGUUGGCUCACAAGGAAAAUUCCAAAACCCAUUUUAGGGCAAUGCCUUUAAGAGGCCAACCAAAAUGAUACAAAACAGUGUGCAAGCUUUCAAGUUCCACAGAACUGUUUUCCACCUGGCCUGAUGAAGAAUUGUGGAGAACUUGGGAAGCUUGCGUGCUUUUUUUUGUGACAGGUUGGUUGGACGAAAAAUGGUAUACUCCAAUAUGGAUUUGGAAGUUCUUUAAAAGUCUUGAGGUGAGAGUGAUAGAAUGGAGGGAGGGGAAGGAGAAUGAAUUGUCGCACACAACUGUGUCUCACCCACUGAUAUGAAUGGAACAUAGCAGAAUGUGGACACACAAAAUAAAAUCCCUGGUACUCGGGAAAAGCAAUUGCAAUUCCACUUCUGGUUUACCACAAAGAAACCAAGAUUGUAUCUUUCUAGGCGCUCCUUGUCUUGGAAACACCCUUUGUUUGAACAGAUUGAGAGAGAGGUCUGAGGAGAACUGAAAAUUGGAGAAGAAACCAGAGAGACAGAGAACGAGAGUAAAAAUGAACCAUUCAGAGAUGACCAUGGAGGAGACAUUUGUGAUAUAUAGACACACAGGUGGCGAACCUUUCUUAGUGUGAGGGCUGCAUUCUCUCCUGAGGUAACUUCUGAGGGCCUCCUAGUGAUAGGCAGGGCCAGAGUAAUGGGUGUGACUCUUUUCUUUGUACAAGAGGUUGCAUUCCAGUCAUGGGUAUAGCCAGGAUUUUUGUUGGGGGGAACAGGACUUGGUUGGGGAGCAGGACUUUUUUGGGGGGCAGAACCGACGUGAUUGGUCAGUUAAGUAUUUCUAUUGUUUUACUUGAUUGGGGGGCAUCCCCCCUGACCCCCCCUUGGCUACGCUCAUGAUUCCAGCCACAAUAAAGCCAGAGAUUUCUACACUCAUCUCAAUAUCCAGGCUAGCAAGAGCCAAUAUCACAGUCAAAGAGUUUGACGAAGGCACAGAGCGAGGAGUCGUCUGCAGAAAGGGGGUGGCCUAGGGAGAGUCCUGAGAAUUUGAUCUGAAUAAGCAAAAUCCCUAACCCUGAUGGAUUGUGUAGGUAUUUUUGAAAAAAUGCAACAAUACAAAUGUCCAGUAUGGCCAUCAACUCUAAACAGGUUGACCAUUUUUUACACAUCUACUCGCCAAUGAAAAUUAAAUGGUCAAAUGUUAAAAUGGACAAAAUACAUAGCAUAGCUGCCCUGUUCCAUCUUUAGUUUCUCUUUGGGAGCUUUAGCAUCUGCUCUGGCCACUCAUCUCUGGCUGAAGAAGUUUUCUGCGAGUCCUAAUGCUUCCUUUUUAUAACUUGGCAUUUCUAUCAACAACUUGGGCUUGACCACCUUCCUGUCACCUUGCCCAGUCUCUCUCUCACUUCAAUACCAUUUCCUGUGACUGUCAUGAUCUCCAACCACUUUCUUUCUUCUUUGUAGAUUGAAUUCACUAAGGAGCAGUUGGAAGGUAAGCCAAUUUGAUUGUCCAAAGGCAGCAGGAUCAAGCUUUCCUGAGAUAGAUGCAGAAGCACUGACAUCGCAUGCACCCUGCAGCAUGCUGACAUUGUACAUGCAUGCGCCCUGCACCCACAGUCGCGGGGCUAAGUUGGUGUGCCUGGAUGCACAUAAGUGCAUGAACUUUCACCUGGUGGCAAAACUAUUUCUGAUUCACUUCUACAGCCCACCUCAAACAAAAUACAGUGGUACCUCGGGUUACAUACGCUUCAGGUUACAGACUCCGCUAACCCAGAAAUAUUACCUCGGGUUAAGAACUUUGCUUCAGGCUGAGAACAGAAAUCGUGCUCCGGCGGCGUGGCGGCAGCAGGAGACCCCAUUAGCUAAAGUGGUGCUUCAGGUUAAGAACAGUUUCAGGUUAAGAACGGAGCUCCAGAACGAAUUAAGUACUUAACCCGAGGUACAACUGUAACUGCUUUGUGUGCAUCUUGGUGUUUACUUUUUACUUCCUAAAACCUCUUAGUUUCUUAGGGACUGGGAGCUGUUAUCAAAAGCAAUGGCCCCGUAUCACCUUCUCUCCCCAUAACAUUUAGAACACCAAAAAGCACAACAUGAUGCCAGUGUUCUGCAAGGUCCUCCCACCCCCACUUCAUUUAACUGGCUGCUGGGAAACCUGAAGUGGUGAUGAGAUCACAUCACAAUUUUUGUAGUACUAGAUAUAACCGGGAGUGGGAGAGGAGUUACAGCUACUUCUGGUCUCAUGGCAUAAGCAGCGGAGAAAGGAGUUGCUAGAGUCAAGAGACUGGAAACACAGAAGCCUAGUCCAUCCUCUUGGACAGUCACAUAAUGUAUCCCUGCCCCAGCUUCCUCCUCACAUAGACUCCAGUCCUCCAGGUUCAGACUGAGCAAACAGUAAUUACAAUUGUCCUUUCUUCCCCAAUACACCUUUGUAAGCCACUCAGUAUUGUCACACCUUUAGUUUCAGCUUUCUGAUCUGACAUCUCCAUGCACAAAUGCACACACACACACUUUUAUUUCAAAGGCAUUCAUAAUUUCCCUCAUGACACAAAAGAAAUUAUAUAUUUUUUCUGGCUUUCUCCACGACCACUUAACAGUAAUUCUUAUUUUUAAAUCUUAUAUCAAUAAACUGAUUUUCUACCCCAAAAGCCCUGACGCGGAUUACAAUAUAUGUGGGUUCUUUAGCUGGGAGCAGCAACCGUUUAGACUGCAAUCCUUGCCACACUUUCCUAGAAACAAGUCCCAUUUAACUCAAUGGGGCUUACUUCUGAGUAGACAUAUACAGGACUUCAGCAUUAAUAAACUUGGAAAGUGGUUUUACAUUUACACUUGUAAUGCAGGCAAGUCCUUAGGAAGCCUCACCAUGCUCACCAAACCAUCCCUCUAUUAUUUUGAAAGCUGCCCUAAGCAUUGUGAGAGAAAGAGUGUACAUAUUUCCAACAAACAGAACAUUGUAAUCACCUAUAGGUGCCUGAUUUAACUAUCUUGCACUUUCAAUUGCCCUUACCACUGACACCUUCUUUAGCAACUUGAAGCUCAGUUAGUGGAGGAGUUGGGGGCCUGGGUAUCUGAGAGAUGCAGUUCCUGUUGGUGUGCCUGAUUAGCCAUGCCUUUGUGCUGUCCAAGGUUGCUACGGGAUUAGAGGUGCUGUCUAAAUAUAAAAAUGAUUCCUUGGCAACUAAAACCCUCCCAAGAUCAAGGUGAUGCCCCUUUGGAAGGAAGGUCCCUGAGAUCCUUCUUUCAUUUAGAGCAAGAAUAGCCAGUGUCUUCCUUUCAAGAUCGCCAUCAUCGUUUUCUCUUUAGACGCAUCCCAAGCGGAGCUUGCCCUUUGGGUAGGCAGCAGCCUCCCUCCCUCCCUUCAUAUUGGCUGUGAUGAGUGAUAGAAACUGGGCAGGUUAAACAGACCUUGCAGACGGCGGUGUCUAGUUUCUUGGGAUUAUGUGAACCAUCAAGUUGACAGCUGGCAUGGCAAGCUUGACACUUUAUCCCCAAAAAACCCUCCGGUCCCCGGCAGCUUGCCCAGUUCUGAGACCUCAUCACAAAAUAACCACAUUAAAAUUUUGGUCUAAUCUCCAUAGAUUACAAAGAGGCCUUUGGGCUCUUUGAUCGGGUUGGUGAUGGCAAAAUCCAGUUGGGCCAGUGCGGAGAUGUGAUGAGGGCCGUGGGACAGAAUCCCACAAAUGCCGAGAUCAUGAAAGUCCUGGGACACCCCAAGCCGGACGGUGAGUCUUGCUCCUUGUCUCACAAGUAGAAAGGGAAACGGACAGGAUGGCCACUUGAGGGCAAUAGAUUCCAAAUUCAAGCAAGCGUACAGUACAGAGUAGUACUAGGCAAAAACUGCAUACAAAAAUGUGUCUAUCAGGAGAAAGGGCUGCUAAAAUGCUGGUGAAUUUUCCUGAGAACCUUUUUAAAUAGAAAAAAAUAGUAAGUUGAUGUGGAAAUAUGGUGAACUGAAUUUAAGAUUGGGAAAACAAAUCUGAGAGGUCUGUCCAUCUUUAGUUAGGAAUGGGGGGGAAGGGUGGGAAGCUGUGCAGGACACAUCAGCCCUGAAGGGUGUUUUCAGACAUGAGGCUGUCAUCCAUUUAGAACUUCAGCUUUCUUAAUACAGCAUUUUUCGCUCUAUAACACGCACCCGACCAUAACACGCACGUAGUUUUUAGAGGAGGAAAAUCCGUAGGCAUGCCACCCAUAGGCAUUCCCUCCAUAACACGCACAGACAUUUCCCCUUACUUUCUAGGAGGAAAAAAGUGAGUGUUGUGGUGCAAAAAAUACGGUAGUUCUACUAUUCAAGCUUGAGUGCUGAUGCUUAUGUUGCCAAAAUGGUACCACCAACAUGCAAGGAGGAGAUACGUGUGAAUGGAUGGUGCCCUUUUGGCUGCAUUAGCCUACGCACUCAUGCUUGAAUAUCAGAAACAGAGAUAUUGUAUCAAUUAAAGGAGAAAAAUAAGGAAAGAAAAUAGGACAAUAGUUGAAACAUAAACAUAGAAUAUAGUAUUCUUUCUUUCUUUACUUCUGUAUAAUUUCCAUACUUUAUAUAAUUUAAGGACGCGGGUGGCGCUGUGGUCUAAACCACUGAGCCAAGGACUUGCCGAUCAGAAGGUCGGCAGUUCGAAUCCCCGCCACAAGGUGAGCUCCUGUUGCUCAGUCCCUGCUCCUGCCUACCUAGCAGUUCGAAAGCACGUCAAAGUGCAAGUAGGUAAAUAGGUACCGCUCCAGCGGGAAGGUAAACGGUGUUUCCGUGCGCUGCUCUGGCUCGCCAGAAGCAGCUUAGUCAUGCUGGCCACAUGACCCAGCUGUACGCCGGCUCCCUCGGCCAAAAGUGGAGAUGAGCGCCGCAACCCCAGAGUCGGCCACGAUUGGACCUAAUGGUCAGGGGUCCCUUUACCUUUACAUAGAAACCCAGUGUAAACAGUGUAGCAAAAGAAGCUGAUGUGUGACCACCUCCUUCCAGUUCUAAGCCUGUCCUCCAUCCUCCCCCAAAACCAUCUGCUAAGCAAUUUUCAGGAUGCCAAAUACAGUUUCGGGUUCACAUUCCAAGUGAAGGAGUGCAGUCCUCAUGGAAUGCAUACAAUCAGCGGACACAUAUUUCUGAGGGUGUAGGCUGGGAAGUGCCCCAUGAAAUCUGUGAGGCAAAGCGCUUGGGACUAGUUUGCUGUUGACAGUCUUUCCUCUUCCUCCUCCUCCUCCACUAGAGCUGAAUUCUAAGCGGGUAGAGUUUGAAGAGUUCCUGCCCAUGUUACAAACUAUUGCCAAGAACAAAGACCAGGGAACCUACGAAGACUACGUGGAGGGGCUCAGGGUCUUUGACAAAGAGGGAAACGGCACCGUCAUGGGCGCAGAAUUGCGCCACGUCCUCGCCACACUUGGUAAGUGCUGCCAAGUGAAAAGGCAAAACUUUCUCACCAGUUUGUUGCCAGAAGGCCCAAGCAGCUUUGGGGGCACACCAAACAUGAGGAAGCCAUGCUAGAGCCCAGAAGGAUCCCAUUUUCAACGCAGCCAUCAUCCCAUUCACUUACUUCAGCUUUGGGUGCAGGUGGAUGUGCUAAACUAGCCAAUGGGCAACGCUGCAAUUCAUCCUUGUUUGAAAUGAUUGUUCAUUCAUAAAUGAACUGGAUGGCCUUAGGCAAGCUGGUGUUGCUUAGGUUAGGUACUGUCUCUCCCAGUGCUGGAUUUACGUAUAAGCUAAAGAAGCUAUAGCUUAGGGCCCCACUCUCUUGGGGGCCCCCAAAAAGUUUAAAGGAAAAAACAACUGGAUGUACAUUUCCAAAAUAUAAGAUAAAAAACAAAUAAAAUAAAGCCUACAUUCAGCAACAGUGUUUUGUGUUGUGUAGGCUCCUAUUUGUUAUGUGCAAAUGGCUUUAGAUACCUAUUAGGUCCAUAAAUUACCAUAUAGCAUAUAUUCAACCUAAAAAACAGUGACAAUUUGUUGUUGACACAGGACAGCUGGACAUAUAAAGGGCUCCAUAACCUUCAGUAGCUUAGGGCCUCAUCAAACCUAAAUCUGGCCCUGGUCUCUCCAGGUACGGUUUUGCAUCCUGAUUUCCCCUUGCCCUGGUACUAACACUAGCCCCACUGGAGACUCAUAGUAUCUCUUCCCCAUUAAGGUUUGGGGGAGUGGCCUUCAUAUAGAGAGGAUGCCCUUGUGGCAGUGAGUUUUUGCACUCUCAUCCACUAUAGAAUAUGUGCAUUAAUAAAUAAGGACUUGCGCUUCUGUUCCAGGGAGGUGCAGUGCACAGCCUGCAAAGAACUAUUAAAAAAGUGAGAAGUCUAUAAAAUGGAGAGAUACUUUUGCUGCCCUUUUUCUCUUAUUUUAUUUUAGAAGAAAGGAUACAUGAUCAUUGUUACCCUUCAAUCUACAGUGCAAGAGGGCUAAGCCUAUAAUAUGUUAGAGGGGAUUUUUCUUCUGGUGGCUGACAACAGAACCACAAGACCGGUGUAAAACACUCAAGCAAAGGUUUUAUUACAGCUAUACAAAAACAACAAACACAAAGCAUGUGGGUGUUCUCUCUCUGCAGGCAAAAUUCAAACUGCGACUUCUGUUCUUUUAUACACAUUACCAGCUGUGUCUAAUCAGCCUAGAAAACCACACCCAGAACUCACAGAAAAAGGUUCUUAAAGCUGUUUGCACCCUUUUACUGUUUCUUGAUGAAUGAUAUCUAUCAUAAUAAUGCAACUGAGUUCAAUGUGGCUUACUCCCAGGUAAGUGGGGUUUUGGUUGCAGCCUAAAAAACUAGUCAUGCUGAUAGACUAGAGCAUCAGGCUUGAACUGGGAAAAACUGAAUUCAAAUCCGAGCUCAGCUACACAGCUGUGUUCCACGCUCCUUCCAAGGAGCUCACAAUGGCAUAUGAUAGAAUUUGCUCUACAAUCCUGUGAAAUGGGUUAGACUGAGAAAUAGUGACCAAAUGUCACCUUGCGAGCAUCGCAAAUGGCAUGGAUUUGAACCCAGGUCUCCUGAUUCCAAGUAUGACCCUCUAAAAAAUGAAAUUCAAAUACCUGUUUAUAUACAUACACACAACACAUACCAACAUUCUGUUUUGAAGAUCAACUGCAAUUGAUUAGAAUUUAACAAAGGUAAAUAUGGUCUAUCACAAAUAUCUCAAAAUCAGAUUUGAUUGUUGAUGCCAUUUACAUCAACCCACCUUCAGUGCAACAAACAAUGUAGUUACAUACACAUUCUUUUUUUUUUUUUAAUGAUAUUUAUUAAGGGUUUGGAAAAUACAGAAAAAGAAAAAGAACAAUAAAAAAAUUGAACAAAACAAAACAAUACCUUACAAUACAUCAAAAAAAGAAAAAACCCCCAAAAAGAACAAAAAAAAUACAAUAAAACAGCAAAACAGCAAAAAAACCCCACAAACAUUUAAAAACACAUCCAACCUUUCCAUGUCUUUACCUUUCAUAUACUUGUUUCAUCGACCUCCUCACACCUCCCUUCUUUGUAUUCUAGUUCAAUUAGCUAUUUCAGCAAGUCCUUUCCAUCUUUCUCAAUUUUCAAUCUAAAAUUUAACUUAAGACAGUCUAACCUUAAAUUUUCCACUUUGGUCCAUUAACAAUCUAUUUUUACUUAGUUCUUUAUAACAUUUCUACUAAAGCCGUAUAAUUUCAUUCCAACAAUUUUUCUAACACUCAUUAAUUUAACAAUAUUUCUCUAAAUAAAUUUUUAAAACUUUUUUCCAAUCUUCUUCCACCGUCUCUUCACCCUGGACUCGGAUUCUGUCAGUCCUUUCUAUCAAUUCCAUAUGGUCCAUCAACCUGGUGAUCUUCUAUCCGAGGCUCUUAACUCUUUUCCAUGUCCCUUCUGCAGGUCUUCUUCAUAUCUAAGCAUGAGCUUCGCUUUGUCUUCUGCUGAUCUUGUUCUUAGUUUCCUUCCUUUGGCACUGAGGAGUAGGUCUUGGGGAAACUCCAACCUAACAAUAUCAUUAUUCCUUCUCGACGGGUCAGCCCACUCUCCAUAGUCCGAACUAAAGUCCAAACGAUAUUUCUGAGCGUGUUUCAAAGUCCCUCCAAAGCUAAAGGCCCCCACAACUCCAAUCUCCUCCUGACCCAAGUCCAGAUCCCAAACCUGCAUAAGGGGAUCUAUCCAACUUUCCUUCUCCAAUCCAAGUGGGACUCCAUCCCUCCAAAUCUGGCUUUCUCUGGAUUCAAUCGUAAAUGGCAACAGCUUAUAUUCGUCAAAUUGCCUCUGAAAGGCCAGGGCUCUAUCCACUUGAAUUACUUGAGGUUCCACGACAACUUUCUCCUUCUUCUUCUCCACAGCUUGCAAUGUCAAAACAGAUUCCUGAAUCAGAUCCUGAGUUAUUUCUGUAUAGGUAUUCACUUUUAGACCCAGCUCAGUCAUUUUUUGUCCCAUAUUGUCAAUUUUAGUAAUCAUCACAUCUAUCUUCUUAUGAGCUGUUCCAAUAAAGCACUUGUUUUGCAAAAUGCAAUCACUAGGGCUUCUUCUGUCAACAUUCUUGUCCAAGGUAAAUCUCAGUUUCCCAUGGUCUUUAAUCUCUGCAGCUGGAAAAUUCCCCAGAUCCACUCCCGCAACAGUUUCAAGAACUCCCUCUAGAGGAAACAAUUUCUGUUUGUAUCCGUCCUUUUAAGUAAAGAUCCGGCAGCAAAGUUAGAUCAAUUUUCAGUUACAUUUGCUUCUUUUCAAGUGCAAAAGGAAACAAUGGAAACAAUAUAUUUCUCUUGUUUAGCUAUCUGUCAGCAUACGUUAUUCGCAGUCAAUGAACUUUCUCAAAAAGUCGAUCUUAUUGACAGCCCGUUCCCAGGUUCAAGGCGAUGGUAAUUUAUCUUCCUUCACUCUCUCUCCUGCAGGCUUAGGCAGUCUAAAAUUUCCCCCCUCUUCUCCUGCUUCCAAGGGGGGUUUAGUAGUUUUAACCGAUGGGGAUUUAAUCCUUUACAAAAGGCUUUCCAGACUUUAGUUUGCAACGUCUUUGCUUUAAUCUAUUUACAAAAAGGGAAGGCGGACUUCCUGUUUGAAACCUUCCCGUUUCGGUGCCAAAUUACGAUGUUUAAAAAUCCAAUUUUCCGUUCUACUCACGGGUAUUUGUUUAGAAUCCAAUUGUCCACAGGACACAGUUACAUACACAUUCUUGAGGUGUUACUGUAUUUCAGCACAAGAUGCAGAUUGAACUACUUGGUAUGCUAGGUGCUGGGCUGGGAUUGAUGGGGACUGAAGGGAAUGUACCCUGACCCCUUCUUCCAUGUGCUGUUCCUCCUCCUUCUCUUUCCAGGUGAGAAAAUGACUGAAGAGGAAGUAGACACUCUAUUAGCUGGGCACGAAGAUGCUAAUGGCUGCAUCAAUUAUGAAGGUGAGAGACUGGGUCUGUUUUUGCAUGAGCAGGUAGGCCCAGUGUCAGAACACUCAUAUUGGACUCAUCCAGACUUCCUAGGCACAGGGCCACACUCUGAAGUACUGUAUCCAAGCGUUCUCCCCCCCCACACACACUUUUGCCCCUUUUCUUUCUUUCCCAGAGAAACCCCGCUCUUUACCACUGAAUCAGAGCAAAUGGCAAUCUGUGGGUAACACAAAUUGCCAUUUGUUCUGAUUCAGCAUUAAAGAGCGGUUCUCACGGGGAAAGUGGCGGGAAAAUAAAAAAGAGUGCUUGGACACAGUGCUUUAAAACAUCGACCUGUGCCUAGAAAGUAUGGCACAAAAGGAAGUCUGGAUGAGCCCAUGACCUUGGCGGGGGGGGGGGCAUCUCCCCCCAAUCAAGUAAAUAAAUAAAAAUACUUAAGUAACUGAUCAAUUGCGUUGCAGAUAACUCAGUUCUGCCCCCUAAAAUACAGCCUGCCUAUGGAUGAUCACUUAGAACAGGUGAGUAGAUAGUUUAGUUUGAUUCAAGAGAAGCAGCGACACUUCCCAGUUUCACAGGGAAAUGUGGUGAUAAAAGUGUAGAUCCUGCAAGCUUGUAUAUCGCAGUUAACUAAAUUUAUAUAUCACUCAACUGUAGAAAAACCUCUAAGCCGUUUACAAAUGAAUAUUAAAAAGUAGGUACUGUACAGAACAUUGCACACAUUAUCUACAAGUUGUGGUAAAGAAUAUGCUUUGCAAGUGAAAAGUCUCAGGUCAAUCCCUGGCAUCUGCUGGUGGAGCUGGGAUUAUACCCCCCUCUGAAACCCUGGAGAGACACAGCCUAUCAGUGUGGACAGUAUCAAGCUUGCUGGACCAGUGGUCCGUCUAAGUACAAGGCAGCUUCCUCUGUUCCUAAGUUAUAUGGGAUGCUGGACUUUGCUUGUUGCAGUUUUCAUAUGCAAACAAAUGUGCAACACUGUGUGGAUGAGGUGCUUAAGUGCCUAGUACUGUUGGUAAUAUAGAAGCCACAACUGCCCCAUUCGACAAUUAGGGCCUCAAUGCUACAUGCAGGGAGCAAUUAGGCACUUCAUGACCUGCUAAUGCCAGAAAGGAAACUCCUAAUAUUUAAGGAGAAGUGAGGGCAGGAAAACAGAUUGCAAGUGAGCAAGUGGGCCAGUUGUCACCAGAGGCAAUAGCUUUGCUAAUGAAACAUCUGUCAGGGAGGGACAAGAGGCAGUAAAGGUAGACUGCUACCUUAAAAUAUCAGGUGUAACACACAUGACAAAGAACUCAUAAGCCACUUACUCUCAGCUGCUUGAAGUGCCAUAACUAGACACUGGAGGCAUCUAUUGGGAGUGAACAUGGACCACUGGUACCAAACGGUAUGGAAAACAGCCUUCCUAGGAAAGCUAAAACAGGAGGAUGCCUUCACCCAGUUUGGCUCUCCUUCAUUGUGUAUGCAAGCCAGCAAGGCAAUAGCCAAUCCCCCCACCAACAGCAUACAAAUCAAUAUGGUUAACCUGACCCAGCAAUACCCCCCCCCCUUGCACACACAGACAAAAUACACUGCAACCAACCGACUGCAACCUACCACACCCUGGGCCUUCUGGUCUCUCACACAGCAAACAAAAAUAAAGUCCCUGUUUGCGUGACACUGAAACAAAAGCUUUGCUUAUAUACUAUACAAAAUAAUGAAAUUCUACUGUCUUCCCCUUUACUCCCCUCAACUCCACAUUUCCUACAAUAGUAAUGUCUCACUGACUUGUUUGAAGGAUUCUAUGACUUGAAACAGAGGCUCUGUAUGUACUCUUGUUACCCUAGAAAAUGUGAUGAUGAAAACAUAUAUGGGGGGGGACAGGUGUAAAAGGCUCACUGGACCAAAAUACUGUGCAUGUGAACGCGGUGGCAGGUAGUUUUAAUUUCCUCACAACUCUUUCCUUUCUCUCCACAGCCUUUGUCAAACACAUCAUGGCAGUCUAAGCGGAAGAGAGUGAGUAUGUGCCUCAGAAAAGAGAGUGGUUAAUUCUGUGGAGUGAUGUGUGUUGCUCCUCCACCCCAUCAGAAAAAACAUUUCCUUCCCUGUAACCUCUUUCAGUAUUGAGCUUUGAGCUCUCUUCUGAAGUUUUACAUUUGUGUGCAGUAUCUUGGAGCCGUGAAGGUGCAAAAUUGAGAAGAUCUGUAAUUGAGAAGAUCCAUAACUGAGAAGGUCCAUUUGGGGGCACCAAAUUUUAGCUUCACACAGGGUGACAUAUUAUAAAAGAUUACCAUAGUCCACCCCUGAUUGGAGGCCUACUAUUAUCAAGUGUGCACACUCCAGGAAAAGUUAAUUGUUGCUGUUGCUUGUUGAUAUAAAGUCAGUUCGCUAUAACUUGUUAGUGCUGAUGUUUGCAAAGACUAGCAUUGCAGAGCUGAUGUAGCCAAGCUGGUGAACCAAGAAUUUUCACCUUCUCAUCAGAGCUCUUGUCUUGAAGAGCUGCUUCAUGCUAACCCUUGCUAAUCUUUGAUACGGACCGUAAUGGACACACCAUCUUUUUUUCUCUACAGACCUGCUGACGGUGGGGUUGAAUAGCUGCACCCUUCAGGCAGGACUGCUAAACCCGUCACUCCCCAGUGGAAUCAACUCCCCCCUUUUUCUACCUUUGUAUAAACACGAUCGACCACCCAACCCUCGCUCAGAGUGCUGGCUGCAAAUGAUGCUUCAUUUAUACCGCAACGUGGGAACAUCACGUUCCUCUGUGGAACCAGAAGGGGGCACCACUGAAUGCUACAGCCUCUAUGAGAAAAACAAAUUUUUAAAUCAUUUUGACUCUCCCAAAACAAUACAUUUACUCCACUGGACAAUAAAGUCGUUGGUUUUCAGCUCUU